GUUUUAAAACAGAUUUUCCUCUCUGUUUUUUUUUACAAAAAUGAAAAAUAAAAUACUGAAAACACAGGAGUGCUAUGCAAAUCACAAUAUUGGUGGAAAAAUAACAUUGCUCAUCACCCUGAACACACCAUCCCUGCUGUGAAACAUGGUGGUGGCAGCAUCAUGCUGUAGGGAGGUGUUUCUUCAGCAGGGACAGGGAAGCUGGUCAGAGUUGAUGGGAAGAUUGUCAGAGAUAAAUACAGGGCAAUCCUGGAAGAAAACCUGUUGGAGGCCGUAAAAGACAUGAGACUGAGAAAGAGAUUCACCUUCCAGCAAGACGAUGACCCUAAACAGCUGUAGUACAGUGGAAUGGUUUAGUUCAGAGAAUAUUCAUGUUAGAAUGGCCCAAAGUUCGGACCUAAAUCCCAUUGAGCUUCUGGGGCAAGACAAAUAUUUUUUUUUAUUACAAUUUUGAAAACCAUGUAUCAUUUUUGUUCCACAAUUAUGUGCUGCUUUGUGUUGGUCUAUCACUUAAAAUCUCAAUAAAAUACAUUCAAAUUUGGGGUUGUAAGAUGACAGGAAGAUUUAAGGGGUAUUAAUAUUGUUGCACACCAUUGUACACAUACAAUAGCACACGCCUCCUCCGACACAUGUGAAUUCAGACUCCGCCUCUUUUUAAACUAAAUGGCUGAGUAGCAUCAUAGCGAGCUCGGAGGAAAGCGCAGCCACUCUGUUCUGAUACAUCAGCUCACAGACGCCUUAUGCUGAUUGACAUCACCGUAGGAGUGAUGAGAGGAGAGAGCAAGGCCAAUUGUGCUCUCUCGGGGCUCUGGCAGCAGAUGGCAAGUUACAUGAACAGGAUUCAAACAGAUGAUCUCCUGAUCAUAGUGGCAGCGCUUUAUACCACUGGACCACUCAGAGUCCCGGUGUUGCUUGGUGGUCAUGGCGAUUGUUUUUGCCUUGCUGUGCACAUUCUCCGCAUUUGGUGAGUUUAUGUGCAUUUAAUGCAACAUGUCGAAAACAGGCAUUACUUUUUUUAGACUUUUCGAUACUCUGUAGUACAGAGACAUUUUGUUCGCUGCCUUUUUGGACCUGAGGAAUGGCAGUAUAGGUGUCAGACCUUUCCUGCAGCCUGGAUUCCUCCAAUCCCUCUUAGUGUCCAUAUCACUAAACCCCUGAUCCAAACACCACGCGCCUGAGGACACGAGCAGAGCGGCGAUAACAUCUUUAAUGAAGAUGUUAAUGCACGCUCGGCAGAUGUUAAGGUUUCCUGAAAAGUUUGCUGUUGCUGCAGCAGCAGGACCUCAUAUCCACCGUCUGCUGGCUGAUGUAAGAAGAUUGCAGGUUGUAAUCUGUACGCAACCCGCAGGCGGGCGGGCUGGAGGGUUAGAGGGAAGGCCACACAGCAGCUACUGCUGAUCUCUGAACACUGUUUUACCCCUGCUGUAAUCCCACCACCAUCUAGAGGAUUUUUCUACCAUUAAGUGAUGGCUUUUGGAAAGGGGAGUGCUGCUUAGUGGGUACACACACACACAUAUACACACACACACUCUCAGGCAGAGGACCUUUAAAUCCAUUCAGAUAUUCACUUGGAAGCGCACGGUGUGGAACAGUGUGAGAUGUCAGGGCGGACUCAUGGAUAUGCUUCUACUGGUUUUCACUUCAGGUGGAUGUUUGUUACAGAUGUUGCAGAUGAUCAGCAGAUUUAUUUAUUUAUCCUGACAUGCCACAGGUGAAAAGGACCAGCAAUGUUUUUCUCUGUUAUAGCUGUGUUUUUCCUGAUGCUGCCGCACAGCGUGGCUUUAUGGGCCUGCACCCGCUCCUGCCCCCCAGGCUGCACCUGCACUCAGGAGAAGAGCUGCACCGUGCUGUGUGACCGCGCCAACAUGGCCGAGCUUCCAUCCGAGUUCCCCUGUGAAGCCUCCUCCCUCAACCUGGACAAGAACAGUCUGAAGUUCUUGGCUGAGCGAGCCUUUGGUACGCUUCCCUCGCUCAAGACGCUCUCUCUGGACCACAACAACAUCUCCUUCAUCACACCAGGAGCUUUCAAGGGACUCCCCAACCUGCUGGAGCUGAAGAUGGCCCACAAUGAGUACAUCCGCUAUCUCCACACACGCACCUUCACCUCGCUCAAGCGCCUGGUGCGCCUGGACCUUUCCGACUGCAACCUCUUCAGCAUGCCCGACCGCAUCUUCGUGGAGCAGAUAUCCCUGAAGGAGCUAUUCUGCUUCCAUAACAAUUUCCGCCGUGUCCCGGUUGCUAUACGAGGAAUGGAGAACCUGACGCAUGUGUACUUGGAGCGAAACAAGAUCGAAGCCGUGGCCUACAACUCUCUGCUGGGCCUGAGCAACCUCAAGUACCUCAACCUGCAAGAGAACCGCAUCAGCGUCAUCCACGAUGACUCCUUCAAAGACCUCCAUCGAUUGGAGAACUUUUACCUGAACGAUAACCUGCUCUCUGAGCUGCCGCAGCAAUCUUUCAAGGGUCUCAGUCGUCUUAAGAUGCUGAAUCUAGGUGGAAAUCUGUUGACCAACAUCUCUAAAAGCUGGUUUGGUGACCUGAUGGAGCUGGAGGUCCUCUACUUGGACCGCAACCGCUUGAUCUCCAUCGAUAUGGGCGCCUUUGAGAAUUUGACAAGCCUGAUGACUCUGCACCUCAACAGCAACAACCUGACUACGCUGCCUUUUGCAGUCUUCCAGCCCAUCUACUUCAUCGGGCGCCUCUACUUGUUCCGUAACCCCUGGGAGUGCAACUGUGAGCUGGAGUGGCUGAAGGAGUGGAUGGAGAGCUAUAAGCUGGUGAGGGACAUCCCUUGCGCCUCGCCUUCUUCAGUAGCUGGCCUGGACCUGAGCGAGGUCACUUAUGCUCACCUGAACAGCACCUGCAUAGACCCUGCGGAGCUCAACCUGACCACGGCUCUCCCGGACUAUUCCACCACCGAGAACAAGUUCAACAGCCUGAUCUCCAAACUCCUGCACCAGGAGCUGAGGGAGGAGAUGGGGAAUUCUACCGAGGGGCCGAGAAACGGCACCCUGCUGGAGCCGGUGGAGGGCCAGGUGUCUGCAGCUCACACGUCAUUCAGCACUGGUCAAAAUCUCUCACUUUUGUUGGCAUGUCUGUUCCUCCUACAAGUUCACAGAGCCUCUCUAUCCAGCCUCAGUAAUGCCUCGUGAAAGCCUGACACAUGGACCAAUAGACAGUUUGCCAGUUAUAACUAGGAGGAGGAAGUGUUUGGACCGAAGGCUGAUGGACAGAUCCAUCGU